UGGCUUAACGUUAAAUGUGUCCGGGGAGUUUGUUUUCCCAGUGACAAGCAGGGCUAGUUAGCAUGUAGCGGCUAGCUUCAGCGCCGUCUCUACAGGUAAACACAGGGAGUCUGUCAGGGGAAAUGACGGGUUGUACCUCUGCUGUCUGUCUGCUAUAUGUGGCACAUAGCCCUGGAUUACACCUCCGACGCCCACUUAAUGCGAUGAACAGUGCUGGAAUUAGCUUCACGUUCAGCAAGUAGUAUUAGUGACAGUAUGCGUUUAGAUUAUGAGUGACGUCCCUCGCCAACGAAUUUCUGCAUUUCAAGAAAUCAAGGCCAGUCUGUCCAUCUGGGGAUGGGGGGGUCUUGGAGUUGUGUUGUUUCUCGUCACCUUUGGACCCUUUGCCAUUUUCUACCUGGCUUUUUAUAUCUUCUGCUUUGUUGGAGGGGGUUUUGUGGUCACUCUGCUUUAUGGAAAAAUCAACUCUGAGAAAUACCUGGAAAAAUGCGAGCAUUCCUACCUUUCACCUACACAGAUUGGUAUAGUAAAGAUAUUGGAUGAAAUGAAGCUGGAAACAAGGACGAUAAAGAUCGACCGGAGACUGACAGGCUCCAGUUUUAUCGACGAACCACUACAACAGGUGAUCCAGUUUGCUCUGAGAGAUUACAUCCAGUACUGGUACUAUACUCUGAGUGAAGACGAAUCCUUUUUAUUAGAGAUCAGACAGACACUACAGAAUGCCCUGGUCCAGUUCUCUACACGGUCUAAAGAAGUGGACUGGCAGCCUUACUUUACUACUCGCCUCGUCGAUGACUUUGCCACCCAUUUGCGUGUCUUUAGAAAAGCACAGGAUCGUCUCCCUGACAGAGACGACAAGCAGAGAGACAUGUCAGAGGAGCUGGUGGACUCAUUUUUUGAGGCUGAAGUGGAACUGGAAAGGAAGAUUUGUCGAGAUGUCGUGUGCACUUCGCACAGGGACGAAGAAGGUUUCCUUCGAGACUUGUGUGAACUGCUUCUGUAUCUGUUACUACCUCCUGGAGAUUUCCACAACAAGAACAUGAGAUACUUCCUACGGGAGGUCUUGGCUCGUGGUGUGCUGCUACCCCUGAUCAACCAGCUUAGUGACCCAGAUUAUAUCAACCAGUUUGUCAUCUGGAUGAUUCGCGACUCCAGCUGUAACUACGAGGCCUUCCUGAACAUCCUGAAGCUAACAGACAAACCUGCGGAACUGGAGGCUGUCAAGGACAAGGUUGUGGAGGAGCUACAGUAUCUACGAUCCCUGGACACUGCUGGAGAUGACAUCAAUGUCAUCAAGAACCAGAUCAACAGUCUUCUCUUUGUGAAGAAAGUGUGUGAGACCAGGGUACAGAGGUUACAGUCUGGCAAGGAGGUGGAUGCCCUGAAGCUAGCAGCUAACUUUGGCAAGCUCUGUGUUAUCCCACUGGAACACAUCCUCGUCCACAACAUUGCACUGCAGUUCUUCAUGGACUACAUGCAGGCAGCAGGGGCACAGGCUGAGCUGUUCUUCUGGCUGACUGUAGAGGGUUACAGGGUGACGGCACAGCAGCAGCUGGAGGUCAUGCAAAAUUGGCAGAAGGAUGGGAAGAAGCAACCCAGCGCCACCAAAGGGCUGCUGAAGGCCGCUGCACUGGGUGUCUACGAACAAUACCUCUCAGACAAGGCGUCUCCAAGGGUGCAAGUGGACGAGGCAUCGGUGAUAAAACUGGGGGAGAAACUGCAGAGGGACGAUCCAACACCAGAAAUAUUUGAUGACAUUCAGAGGAAGGUGUACGACAUGAUGCUACGAGACGAGCGCUACUAUCCAUCCUUUAAGCAGUGCCCUCUCUAUGUCCGCAUGCUAGCAGAGCUGGAUAUGUUGAAGGAACCGAGUUACAGAGGAUCCGAAGACGGUGAUGGAGAAUCAUUUAACGGCUCGCCUACAGGGAGCAUUAACUUAUCUCUGGACGACUUUUCCAAUUCCUGCCAUGAUGAAUCUAUGCACCUACAUGCCUACAUCUCUGACACAGGGGUCUGCAACGACCACGGCAAAACCUAUGCGCUGUACGCCAUCACUGUGUUCAGACGCAGCCCCGACGGCAGUGAAGAUUGUUGGAAGACCUACCGACGCUAUUCCGACUUCCAUGACUUCCAUAUGAGGAUCACUGAACAGUUUGAGAACUUAGCAUCAAUCCUGAAGCUUCCAGGAAAAAAGACCUUUAACAACAUGGACAGAGAGUUUCUGGAGAAGAGGAAAAAAGACCUCAAUGCUUAUCUACAGUUGCUGCUUAACCCAGAGAUGGUGAAGGCCUGCCCCACUCUCAUCCCUUACGUCUAUGACUUUCUAGAAAAUAAGGCCUACAGUAAGGGCAAAGGAGAGUUUGCUCGAAAGAUAGACACGUUUGUUAAUCCUUUGAGGAGCUCCAUGAGGAAUGUGUCUAAUGCGGUCAAAGCCCUACCAGACAGUUUGGCUGAAGGGAUGACCAAGGUGUCUGACAACAUGGGACGCAUGUCAGAAAGACUGGGCCAAGACAUCAAACAGUCCAUACUAAAGGUGCCUCCACUUCUUCCUAAGGCUGAAAUUGACCCUGAACAUUGUCGAGUAUCUGCACAGCUUGACGACAACGUGGAUGACAACAUCCCACUGAGGGUCAUGCUGCUGCUGAUGGACGAGGUGUUUGAUCUAAAAGAGAAAAACCAGUGGCUGCGCAGGAACAUCAAGAACCUGCUGCAGCAGCUCAUCAGAGCCACAUACGGAGACACUAUCAACAGAAAAAUUGUGGAACACGUGGACUACAUGACUUCACCGGAACAAGUGGCAGAUUAUGUCAAGAGGUUCAGAGAUUCCUAUUGGCCCAAUGGAAUACUGGCUGAGACCCUGCCUCGUCGGGACAAGAGCGUCCGCAUGCGGACACGAGUAGCUGCUAAGACUAGCCUGCUGGGUAUCAUGCCAGAUGAACUGAAGCAUAUAAUGGGAGCAGACACUACGAGAAAGGGGAUCCUGGGCGUCUUCCACAUGUUCCAGUACCAGCCCAUGAACUGUCGGCUGGUCUAUGUAUUCCUGGUGGGCUUCCUGGAGACCAUGUUCCCCUUUCGCGAGCUCUUUGUGAAGCUGCACUCUCACUCACCACGUAACCAUAAAUAUUGUGAGAAACUUAAAUCCUCCUCCUUGAAGAGGUGACAGGAAGAAGACGAUGAUGACCUGAACGUCUUAACACAGUCGGACUUCAGAGGUAAGGGUAAGGGGCUUGAUGUGAACAAUGACGUGUGUGUAGCUGAAUUUCUACCCUUCCAUUCUGCUCACACACUCUGUGGUGAAAACACUCCUAUUUAUCCAGCGUAAAGUUUCUGUCAAGGCAGAAAACAUGGAUGAACAACAGAACCUUCUCUCUCUCCCUGUGACACACACGCACACAUGCGCAAACACAAACAAAUCCUGUAAUUUGCACCAAGACUGAACAUCAGUCUUUUAUUUUAGCUUCUCUAUUUUCUCCUACUUGUCAGACCUUUUAGUUGCAUUCAGCUUUAUCCUGGA